UGAGAGUGAACUGAAGGCGGUGCCCUGUGAAGCUCACCAGGCUGCACCAGUGGUCUGGACACGCAGGGGAGUGGAGGCGUGUUAUUUUCUUUUACUAAAUAACUAAACAAUCUUUAACUAUACCGUAGAACAGCGGUAACAGACGGAGAUCGAUUCCAGACAAUCCCGAUAAAUGUAUUUUAUUACAGAUAUCUGCACUAAAAUCUAUAGAAAGCGGGUCAUCUUUCUCUAGUCCAAUGAUGAAUUCUAAACGUCUGCUUGACAUGUCCGCUGUUGGAAUACGUCUCGGGGGCGCUUCGAAACAAGCCGGUAUUGAUCAGCAUGCAGAGGGGUCCAAGGGACGCAAAAUUACUGUCGCCGCCACUGCGGACAGCGGUGUCAUUCUGGCGUGCAAGAAUGGUCCCGCAACGGGAGCAGUUUUCUACAAAUUCGUGUUGGAUGAUGGAUCUUUAAGAGAAUGUACAAGACAGGACACCGUUCUCAAUGUGAAUGACCUGUCAUCAGGGAGAGAAAAAUACCACCUGAAUAAAGCUGGUUGUGGUGGAGAGGCAGAUGAAAGGAACAGUGGUCUGACUGGGAUCCUUACUAACGGCAGUCCCACACACGGCCUGAUCCGGAAAGGGCAGAAGGCGGACAAACACAUGCACUCGGAGGCGAGGGACCCGCUGGUGCCCAGCGGUUGCCAGGCAACAAAUGGACAGCAAGUUCCACCUGAGGAGAGAUACCCUCAUCCCUCCUCCCAAAUACCUGUCCCCCGACGCAGGAAACCUUCAGGUCUUGCUGAUAAGGAGGUAAUGGCUGCUACCGUCCUGACAUCACUGUCCACCUCUCCUCUGGUCCUCACCCAUACCCAGACAGCCUCAGCUGCAGUUCCGGAGCCAGCCAGCAGAGGGUGGAAGGAGGUGCUGUCAACUAGCUACAGCAGCUCUACCAGUGGCAACUGGAGCUGGGACACCAGCGACCAAUCGGUGCCCUCCACACCGUCCCCGCCUCUCUCCAAAGACACCAGCAAGAGCUUCUUGCUCUCCUCCCAGAGUGAUAAUGUCAUCGACGACGUCAAAGAGAGCACGCACUUCUUGUUUGAGGACCCCAUACCCCGGAAACGAAAGAACUCCGUGAAGGUGAUGCUCAAGUGCUUGUGGAAGAACUGUGAAAAGGUCCUCAGCACCUCUUCAGGGAUCCAGCGACACAUCCGCACCGUCCACCUGGGGCGGAACUGUGACUCAGACUACAGUGACGGGGAGGAGGACUUCUACUACUCAGAGAUCGAGGUCAACAUGGACAGCCUAUCAGAGGGCUUGUCCAGCCUCACGCCCACCUCCCCCACCACUACCGGCCCUCCCCCCAUCUUCCCCCCUUUCUCCCACGCCGCCUUUGUUCCCCGCUCUGAGCCCGCCCACAUCGUCAUGAGGGGACCGCAGGGUCAUGCCCCCAGUCUGCUCAGCCAAUCAGCUCCCUCCACGCUCUGCCAUAUCCGUACUGACCACGCCUACCAGGCCACUGCUCCUGUGAGUAUUCCUGUGUGUUCGGAGCAGGCUGAUGGGAAUAGGGACGGGAUCAGUGUGUCCUGGCAGUCCCCUCCUGUCAUUUUUAAAGGCUUAACGGGGCCGUUGACUCACAUCCGCACGGUGAGCUUCGGGGAGAAGAGACAGCCAGCUCUUCACACACACACCACCAUCUGCAAGACACCUCCCUUUACUGCCCCUCUGCCCAAACCAGCACCAGGAAUCAGGAAACCCCGCGGAGAGGCCAAAAAGUGCCGGAAAGUGUAUGGCAUGGAGAAGAGGGACAUGUGGUGCACAGCCUGCCGCUGGAAAAAAGCCUGUCAGCGAUUCACUGACUGAACCCCAGUACAUCACUGGGAUGGACUCUUCCUCUGCCAGCGCUUCAAUGAGGUGUCAUCUUCCACUGAGGAGAUGUGGGGGUUUCUCCGUGAUGAAGCCCCUCAGAGCACGCACUGCUUCCUCCUGACCAGCAGGGGGCUCUCUGCUCGCUUCUCCUAAUCCUCAGACUGCUGAAUUCACAAAACACAACAACUAACUGAUGAAAAAGGCAAAAAAGAAAAAUGAAUUUGGCUUUGGAAGAAUUGUUUUUCUUUCUAAUGAUGAGACUUUUUAGGUAUUCAAAAAAAAGAAAAAUAUUAUUCAAAACCUUUUUGAUUUGUUUUGUAUUUUCUAAUUUUGUCUGCCUUCACUGUAGGGGAGUGGUUGAAGAUUUCAGAUAAGCUUUUUGCUAUUGUGUACGUAUUGUUUUUUACCGGUCCGAGUAUCAUGUAAGCUACUGUGUUUGGGUUUAUAAGAUCCUGAUACUCCCUUGUCAGCCUCUUUCAAUGCAUCUCUGUUAAUGUUUUAGAACUAAAAUCUCACUUCGGGGCUUUUAUUCGAAUGGAUCGUUUUCAAAUUUCAACUGUCACUCUUUUGAAAAGGGCAGUAAGUCUACCAAAGGAAAAACAAAUCAGAAUAUCGCUGAGAAUUUAGAUGCUGCUUGUUAAGAUGCUUGUUCAUAUCCAAGUGUUAUGGAAUAACACAUCACAUGCUCUUAUAGGAACUCAACUCAGAAACUCUAAUCCCGUUGUUUGGGAAGUAAAUCAUCCAUAGCUACUCAUCAUAAGAUUCUUGCUUUUUUGCAUAGAUAUGAAACACACACUCUUCCAUUGCAUUCGUUGCACCGAAUGUUACAUUUUGAAUGUACAGUUUAUAAAGAUAUGUAUUUCCCUUCCUCUUCCUUUCUAUACCUCUGAUAUGCAUCUUUCAGAAACAUCUUUCAACAGAUCACUGUAUAACGCAAGUGUUUCCUCUCAUUUCUUACAUGUGUUUUCAGUGAUCAGUUGCCAAGGCAACUAGUAGUUGCAAAGUGUAAUCGCCAGGGUUUGGAAAGUCUCGUCUUGCUUUGAUUAAUCAGCUCUAUUGUUGAUAACCGUUAUCGUUGACAACAUUAAGCUCUGCUGUAAACACUGCUGGCUACUCAGUGUUCAUUUUCUGGGUCAUGGACAUAGAAUACUCAUUCUCUGUGGGUACUGUACCAUAGUCAGUCCUACUCAACCCUCACUCCCAGUUACAGCUCUUAACUGGUAUCUGAUGGCGUUGAAAUCCAGAUGUUUCCUAUGAAUAGUACCUGGAUUCCUGAUCAGACAUGAGAGCAGAUAUAGAUGUAUAUUUUUAAACAGAUGUAUUUUUCUACUCUAGCUACUGUUUCGAUUGUUGCCAGCUCUUUGAAUGUAGUCUCUGCAGGCUCUCUCUUUCUGCCCCCAACACUGACUACUAGCCAUUACACAAGUUACAACAGCACACACACACACACACACACACACACACACAGGACUGGUGCUCCCAAUUUUUAAAAGUUAGGAGCACCACAUAAAAUGUAUGAGCACCAGAUUAUAUUGUUUAAUUGAUUGACAUGCAGCCUGUAUUAAUACUUUCUCCUUUUGAAGCACAUGCUGUGCCCCAGAAAUGAACACCGUUUAGAUAGUUUAUAAUAAAAGCUCAAAUGUUGAUACAAAUAUCUGAAAUUA